AUGCUGGACGCGGCCCGCCAGGCUCGCGCCCUGGGAGCCGCGCUGGAGACGGUGUUGGCCGCUCUGGGCGCAGCAGCCCGCGGGCCCGGAGCGGAGCCCACGGCCACCACCACCCUUUCCACCACCAGCAGCGCUGCGAGCGUCUUCUCAGCCAAGGUGCUGGGGCUCCACGUGUGCGGCCUCUAUGGCGAGUGGGUGAGCCGCACCGAGGGCGACCUGAGCCAGCUGGUGCCUGGAGGCGUCGCCUGAGAGUACUCGUUCUUGCAAGGUCACUCUGUCCCACCUCGUUGGCUUCCAGUUCUUUUCUCUCCAUCUGUGUCACUGUGUUCUUGCACUGUCCCCGUCUUUCUGCAGUAUGUGGUCUCUUUCUCUUUGGAUCUUGUCUCCUCAGGGAGCUUCGCGCCUACCAGUUUCUCUCUCUCUUUUUUUCCCUGUUUUCCUCCCGUCUUGAAUUUUUUUUUUCAGAAGGUUUCUGUUUCUCGUUCCAAGUCUCUUCCUCUUUGUUUGUUUGUUUUUGAGACAGGGUCUUACUAGGUAGCCGUGGAUGACCAGAAGAAGCUCGCUAUGUUGACCAGCUGGCAUAGAACUCCCAGAGAUCCACCUGCCUCUGACUUCCAGUUUCUCCAUCUGUCUCCCCAUGGUCCAUAUAACUAUGUGUAACUCUUAGUUUCAUCUUAUGGAGGUGACACUUUCUAUCCCUUUAGUUCCUUUGUCCUUUCCUCACCAGAAAAGUGCCUGCUGGUCCUGCGGUGGCAAGACUACCUAUCCUCAGGACCAUCUGUCUCCCCCGCUCUCUCCUCCCACCAGAUCCUUUAGAGCCUUACCCUUCCCCCUUCAAUGUCCUUCCUUUUCUUACCUCCCGAUCCUGUUCCCAGGAGCCCUAGCCUGGUCUUUGGAGAGGGAAAGUCAAAAACAUCUUAAGAGAGUUUUAUUUGAGAAUAAAUUAAUUUUUGUAAAUAAAUGUUUAACAAUAAAACCACAGUU